CAGCGUGCAUGCUUCCAAGCUCCUCCUUCAUCAUCCAGAAAGGCGGAGCAAGAAUCUCAUUGGUCAUUGCCAAACGAUGGGCGGAGCCUCUGAAGACGCUGCUCCUGCAUCCAUGGCCGCCAUGUCAGACAUCCAGUUUUAAUGCAAUUAGGCAGGAGCCAUGGACUCCCGGCUUUACGCCACCGGUCCGCUGGUGGGAACUUUGCCCAUUGCACCGUACAGUGUGCCUUUAGGGCAUCACUACGCGCGGCUGAGGCCAGGUGUACCUCAGUCGUACAGUAUCGAAGGUAUUUUAGGUGUACAACCUCCCUUCGUCGCUAGCGUACCUGAUACACCGGCAGUACAUCGGGGAUCCCAACAAAAGAUCAUCACAUCACCUGUUGGGAAACCAAGCCUACCUAAAAAAGCCUCUUCGAACCCGUGCCGCUCGCCGGAGGAGAGGAAUUCAGCAGAGAUCAGGAGGAGACAACAGCGGCAGGAAGAGGCGGAGGCCGAGGAGGAGGAGGAGGAGAAGCGGAGGCGCACGCGGACCAACUUCAACGGGUGGCAACUGGAGGAGCUGGAGAAGGCGUUCGAAGCCUCCCACUACCCCGAUGUCUUCAUGAGGGAAGCUCUCGCCUCCAGACUUGAUCUCGUAGAAUCCAGGGUGCAGGUUUGGUUCCAGAAUCGUAGAGCCAAGUGGCGUAAAAAAGAGAACACGAAGAAGGGACCGGGCCGGCCGGCUCACAAUGCUCACCCUCAAACAUGUUCGGGGGAACCCAUCCCACCUGCAGAGAUCGCGAGGAGGGACAGAGAUCGUAAAGAGAAGAAACUGCGGAAGCAACUGGAAAGACAAGCCAAGAGGCUGCAACAGCAACAGAAAAUUGGCAAAGGAGCUUCAAGCGGCAUGGCUGAAUCUGUGAGACAGACCUUGAAUGAUCUUGUCCGGUUAAGUCCUCGAAAGGAUCCACAAACACUCUUGGGAACAGACCUGCACCUUCUUCUGGAAUCAAUGGGCUUUCGAAUACCCCAAGUUUCAGAAACGGUACCAUUUUCUUCGGAAAGAAACGAGCAUCAGGAAGUUUACUACACUGACGAAGACGUCGACGACACCAAUGACACGGAAGACCAUCAUCAAUCCUGCAUCGAGCCUUCAAACAACCUCUACAAAUCCAAAAACCCCUUCAGCAUCGCCAACAUCCUAGCUUCCGAUUGCAGCAGAAAGACAGUUCGACAGCUGCAUCCCUUCCCUACCUUGCUGCAGCAACCGGCUGGAUUUCUGAUCGUCCAAAGUACUGAUGACCGAUCUCCAGCCAGUCGUAGGACCAGCCUCACGGACAGUUGUACUAGUAGCUGCGGUUCAUCCCCAACUAGCCCAGAUAGAGAGGAUUAUGAUAUGGCCUCACCUUCGAUCGGUGGCACAACCCAUCCAUUGCUCAACCCUGGUUAAAGGAAGCAUAAGACGAUCGUGUCUUUGUCUUGUCCACCGAAUUCAACACCUAUCUGGUCAUAUUCGUAAAACUAUAUCUCGUUGUUGAUGUUGUCCUGAUCUUCGGCUUAGACUGAUGCAAGAAUUCUUUGGACUCGAUUCUGCAUCCAGAUACGAGAAUUCCACUUGUUCCUUCCUUUGUAUUACUGUAUAAUUCAUACAAUGUGUGAUGGAUUUGAUAUUCACCAAUAAGCAGGCGUAUUCGAGCCUAACAGUCAAUCAAGAUCAGAGUAAACCACAUAGGGGCCCUUAGACGAUGGAAAUCUCCGAACCCAUUUUUCCCUCUGCAGUUUCCAAAACUGGAGGAUUUUUAAAAAUAGAUUUUUAACUAAUCUCUGCAUAAACAAUUUUUAUGUCAGAAAUAUUAGAAUAAACUGCAAAAUCAAAUUAUAUUGUUUAUUUUUAAGGCACCCUCGAAAAAAUCGCCAAAAAAUGCAAACCGUUUGUCAACUAUUUUGACAUUUUAUACAAAAUAGAUCGGCGUAAUCUGAAAAUCGCCAAACAAACCCGGAAAUGCAGCCAUCUUGUCGAAAUCGUGGUAUCUCAUGUAUAAUGGAACUUGGCGGUCUUGGCGUUUUCUGAAAAUUGCCAAUCGCCAUCCAAGUAAAUCCAAGGGGGGAAAAAAUAAAGAAAUACCUAUUUUAUUGAGUUAUCUCCCUGUAAACAAUUUAAGAUUCAAAAGAAUUAUAAACAAAAUGGUAAAAAAUUUGAUAACUUUUUUUUUUAUUGCCUAAAUUUUCUAAUAGAAAUGUUUGCAAGAGCUGCUGAUUUGUGAGUCAGUUAUUCAAUGGCAAGAAAAUUGGACCACACUGAUAUGCAAGCAGUUUAGAAAACAUGAAAAAAAAUUCUUAAAAAUUCUAAUUUUGAAAUUUAAAUUUUUUGCUUUUAUUUAAGAACAUUCAAGUACAAGGCCCUUGUAAAUCAAGAAAAUCACAAAAUUAAAUUAUAUCUAAAAUAUUGCAAAGAAAAUUCUGACUGAAGGUUAUUUUCCAUCUUUGCCUAUUUAAUAAUUCGGCCAUGCAAGAAAUUUACUAUAUCUUCUGUCCUAAAAUACCGCAUUACAAUUCAUAUACAAAAGUGAAAUUUCUGUACAAAAAUUACACUAAAAUUUUAGGACAAUUUAAAAAGCAAUAUAUUGACUUCUUAGUUUCAAAAAUUCAUUCAUAAAUGUUUGUACUUUCAGACAUAUAAUCGCCAACAGAUUCUAAGAAAGAAAAUCAUCAUUUCACAAUAUUGGAAAAUUUUUUAAUUAAUUGACCCCUUCAAUUCAAAAGUUGAUUUUAUUAGAAACAAUCGAAAUAAAAGUUUAAUGUCGUUUAAAAAAACUUGAGAAUUUUCUUUUAAAAACAUUCUGAAUAUAAAGCCAAAGCAAUUAAUCAAUCUCAAAUGAUCAAAUUCGCCAACUUUUAUGAAAAUUUUGCUUAAAAUGUGUAAUGAGAACCACCUGGAAAAAAAUACAAAAUAAUUGUAUGUAUGGUAUGCUGGAUAGACAACGAUCGAUUUAGUGUAUGCAUGUUUCAUGUUGCAUAUAACAAAAAUUAAAAAGAAAUAUAAAAAAUGUAUUAUAAUAUAGGAUUUAAAAUAUAAUUUGCAUUUAAUAUACCUUAUGAUACGUCCUUAUGAUUAAAAUAAAAUGUAGAACGAGGAAAUAUAUAUUCAAAACAAGAAAACUGUGAAAUAUAUUUAUAAACAUUUUACUCUCCAAAAUUCGAAAUAAAUCAAUAAACAAACAAUCAAAAUGUUUGCGUCUCAAAAAAAACCUUGAAAUAUUUGUUGCGAUGAUUCCUGUACAAGAUGUAAUUAACAUCUUGUAAAAUAUUGAAAAUACCUCAAUUAGUUUUAUGAAUAUUAAUACUGCUGAGACCAUAUAAAAUACUGAAUUUUGUAUUAUACAUUACGAAGAAAUUAUGUUUUCGACUUAAUUUUUUUUCAAAUCGGGCAGUGAGAAUGUUUUGCAAAUUAUUGUUAAUUUGGUAUGAAAGCAGUUAAAAGUAUUGUAUCUCGAAAUUUUGCACAAUUAUAAAUUCCCACCUCAUCCUCUAUCGUCAAAUCAGGAUUCAAGCCAGUUUUUGAAAUUGACUCUGUAUAAUCGAGGAAAAAGUAUCGAUUAUGAUUUGACGAUACAAUUAUACGAUGAAAAAGAAAUUGUAUAAUCGAUCGCAGUGUCGAUAAUAAGGACAAUUUUGUUUCUCAAUAUCACAUCUCCCUAACAAUGAAAAAUAUUAUUACAUUUACCCUUAUAAUCUAGAAUUUAUAUUUGCGCUGAUUUCUUGAUACAUACAAAACAAUUCAAACUCCAAGCUGGAAUAUAGCAUAAAUGCGAGAUAUAAAUUGAAAAGCAUGUUCAUAUAUAAGCAAAGAAGCCAAAUGUACGUAUUUGCUAACGUAUUUAUAAAUGAUCAUCAAUGGAACGCGUUCGUAUAUGAUAUUAAAAGAACUAAUAAUGAUGAUAUUCUUUUAGAACUUUUCCAUAAUACCUCCGAACUCGUUUUUAAACUAAUUUGAUAUACUAAUUAAAAAGAGAGCACAUAAGAUACCUACUCUUGACGUGGCCCAAUAGCUAGCUUUUAAACUGUUAGAAAUAAGUCUACAUUUCCAGUUAGUAAAAGGCUUUAAAUGACGUUGAGAAUUUUCUUUUAUGUUGUUUCAAUCAAUAAAGUAACGGCUGAAAAAGAGAAUCAAAAUUUUUAUACAAUUUUCAGGUAUUAUUAACCAUAUUUGGUAAAAAUUUCUUGAUAUACGAACAUUUUCAGCAAUAAAAAAUUGACUCGAUUGCGAUUAAAAUAGACCGUGAAAUGAACCUUUGAAUUUCAUUACUUUAAGUCAAUCAAUAGCCGCCUCGAGCAAGCUCCUCUCAUUGGUUUCGAAAUUAGUUUAUGGGAAAAGAUUAGAGUGUUAAUUAAAAAAAAAGUUUA